GGUGCAUUGAAAAUAGCGUAUGUGUAUUGUUUGUCUGCUCGCUCAAUAUAGUCCAAAAACGGAAAAACGUAGCUUUGUGAUCUCGUGAGUCGUCACUACGAUGCCUGCAGAGUCUGAAGCUCCAGCAAUUUGAUAUUGAAAGCGAGCAUAUUUUCAUUCCAGAAAAGAAUGGACACAAUAAAAAAGUGAAAGGAGGCUCCUAAUUACCAUGCCCAUGUCCAUGCAGGCCGUUUCGGUUCCGGUGCCGCCUGCUGUGCCUGCCACCUUAUCGGUCAGUUCUUCCGGCACCCAGAUGUUGCGCCCCCAGACGUUGGCCGGUCCCGAACGGGAGCCCAUCGAAUUCAACAUCAAUCUGGUGGGAGCCCCGCCCGAGGUGGAGCAGCUGGUAGAGCAAAUCAAAAGUGUGGCCGAGCAGUUCCUCUACCACUGGAAGAGCUUUCCCAUCGUUCUGCCACAGGCGCUGGCCAGCAGUGGUCUAAAUCUGACGGCUAGAAACGCGACCAACAGCGUAAACAACCGCAAAGCGCGUCCCAUUAAUUUGCGCGACCUCUUUAUAGCUCCACCCUUUGACGAGCUGGAUGCCGUGGCCUCGGAUGGGAGUGGGGAGCCCCGCCGAUUGACGAGUGCUCAGCUAAAGACUUUGCGGGAAACUGGCUUGCAAAAGGAUAAAUAUGGAAAGCCGAAGAAAUUAACUUUGGAACAAUUGGAAACUAUACGUAAAAAUGGCGUGUUCGAUGUUCCCAGUAUUCAUUUUCCUGGCCAGGUGCACAAGUGGCGUCUCUCCCAACUGCUUCAGAAGGGAAAGUUGCGGGCUCAGGACUCCUUCCUGAGCGACCUGGCCCUGGCUGCUCGGUUCGUCGUAGUCACGGCUCGAGCACGGAUCUUUUCGCAUUUCUUCUCCGUGGUGCAAGCGAUGCACGGGUUGUUAGGGGCGUUUACCAAGUUGGCGGAUAUGUUUAUCGGCGUGCCGGCUCUAUUGGCCCAUAACUUGGACUACAAGAUCAAGGAAGAGCGCUGUCGAUUUCUUAUAGCCGAACUGGUUUGUCGGCCCGAGUUUGAGGAUUGCUUGGACGGCCUGUGCUCCUAUGUCCGAAAGAUGUUGCGCCGUGCCACCAUGGAAAAGUUCGACUUUAACAGCUGUGAGGUCAGUCAGCCCGUGCCGUACCUAUUCCUCACGCCCAAGGGCCAGGAGAUCGACUUGCGCCUGUUCUGCCGCGACAUCAUGCGCAAGGCUUUGCCAAUUCUGGUUGGCAUUCUGGAGAGGGAGACGCGAGGCUGGUUCCUGCAUUUUCGCGAGCGUCUGAUUGCCGAACUUCGAGCCAAAAAGUUAAAUGACAAGGAAAUAGAAGAGGAAGUAAACGAGGCUGUUAUGAAGGAAUAUCUGCAGCGCGUUUAUAGCUCUAUUGUAUCCAAUGUAAAUCUGGCAGAGCUGGGCGCCGGAGUUCCGGAACUCUUGGUGCAGCAGGCACAGUCUGUGGUAAUCAUGUAUAAGGCUGUUGAUAAGGUAGAGCAAAAUAUCAAGCGCACCCGUGAGGACCAUAAGAAGUGUCUAGCCAAUGACCAUUCCGUGCUCUCAAGGGUUGCACCCUGGUUGCGCUCUAAGCUACGCCACGCCGAGGAAAACCGACUUCAUAAGAGCGCUUGGUCGGCCCACGAGGAGGCGCUGAAGAUGUGUACCCAGCACAAUCUGCAUCAAACAGCCUACUUCUUGUCCCGUGACCUGGCGUUUAUGAAGGAACGGGAGCCUGUGCUGCUCAAGGAGCUAAAGAACGCUAAGACUCCGACGCGCAGCUUUCAGUGGGCUUGUCGCAUUUGGUCACCGCAGUCGUGGAUCAUCCGUCGCAACUUCCAAGGGCAGUCUGACGUAAUUCCCACUGUGAUCAGUCAACAUGCUACCAGCAUUGUCACUCCCCGCUCGGAUCCUAGCCAACCUGUGUUCUUGGUGGAAAAGGAGAUAAUCCGCACAACAAGCACCCGCUGGCCUUUCUGGCGCCUACUAAACAUGAUCCAGCGUAUCUGGUGCUGGUCCUGGAAUAUGAUGUUUCUGCUGGGCAUACUAGUACCAUGGUGUAGUCCUCUGGGAUUGCGUGCCCUCUGCUGCGUGAAGCCUUUCAUGCCCGAUUUGGAGCUUUCCCAGAUCAACGGAACUCUAUUUCCAAGGAAGACGAGCAUCACACAGACGCUGGCUUCACGUCUAAUUGAGUUGUGGCGCCAUAUAUCAAAGUCACGCACGCAUUUUGAGACAGAACCGGAUACUGGCUUUAUUGGCAAGGGACUGACACGCAACGUGAAUCGAACCUGGAACUAUUUUGUAAAGGGAUUUCUUGGCACUAUUGUCAUUUUGUUUGCCUUUCCUCUAAUAUGUUUGGCCGCCAGUUUGCUGAGCAUUAGUCUGGCUGUGACUGCACCUCUAUGGAUUCCCGUGUUCGUACUUCUGCUCCAUAUCUACAUGAUCCUUAUAUAUGAUUUGGAUGCGCCUGACAAUACGAAAAAUCGUUACUGCGUUCUACUAGAAGCCAUAGUUUGGAAUCUUCUGAUACAGGGUAUACUGCAGCCGGUGGCAGCAGUUCUAAUGGCGACUUUAAUCUGUCCUCUGGCAGCGGGAAUUGUAUUUAUAGUUGGAGUUGUUCGGUAUUCCCUUCGCCUUAUUUGGGACUCGCUCACCUACCAUUUGUUUAUCAAGAAGUGUGGACGUGUCCCGGCCUCAGAUAGUAUUGCUGUAAAACGAAUCGCUGGACCUGGAUUGGCAUUGGAUUAUUACUUUAUCAUCCGACCAGAGCAGGCUUUGGCUGCACUAGAGGCAAAAAUGGAACUAGAUGAGCUACAGGCCUAUCAGCAUGCCACUGAGCGAGUGGUCCUUCAGCCGCAACAGGAUUUCCUGCAGUUUGUCGAGGCUUGCUUCGGACCUUUCUCCGCCCAAAUCAGUAAAACCGGUCCGUAUUUAGCGCUAGACCGCGAGGCGCAAGAUUUGAUGAGUUCGCUGCAUGAGAAGCUGGAGAAGCGACGAAGAGAACUGCAGACGGCUCUGACUACUCAGGUCAAAUCGCGCAUAAAGUUAAAUACCAAAGAAUUAAAGAUUGCUAUACAACUGGCCGCCCAUAUUUUAGAGAAGUAUUAUCCGUCUCAUGUCAUCGGCAGAUUGUCGAUUAGCGAAGAAGAAUUCUGGGAUAAUAAAGGUCUCACGGUAAACGAUUGGCCAGGAUUGGCUGGUCUUAUAUACACCGACAUAUUUAGUUUAGAUUUUCUAACGCCAUUGACUGAGCACGAUACACAUUUUAAACUAGAACCACAUGCCUCGUUAGAUUUGAUGCGUUAUACGGAGAUGGUUAAGAAUGCAAACGAUGUGAUUGGCUCCAAGGGCCUGGAUCUGCUCGGCAAUGUUUACGCUCCACGUGGCAACGUCCAGGUACACCUGCCCUUCCUAGAAGUGACUGCAUUCAAUCCACGCUCUCGCAUAACGCUCACUUUCCGCAAGCCCGAGAAAAGAGAUAUGUCCGUGGGAUUGACUACACCGAGAGUGCGUGCACAUCGUGCCCAGAAUGUUCCGAAGACUCCACAAGAUGACCAUAAGUCCUGGCGACCAUGGAAGCAAAAAUGCGGGGAGAAAAGCGUGACAGAAAAGCUACUUAUUCCGUUACCCGUGCCCCAUCCUGUACACAUCGCCAUUGCCAUCUACAAUCGCGACACCGAGCAGCCCAUCCCCUUGGACUCGGAGCUCGUCUGGGAAAUCCUUAAAUCAAUUGAAGACUGUCAAGGCGGUGAUGCCAUGGCUGUCCAUGCUGUGGCACGUUAUCGAGGAGCAGUAAUUGAAUCCAGCAACGACUCACUGGCCAGUAGCAGUAGCAUUGGCAGCACUCGUGAUUCGGGCUCAGGUUCAGUGUCGGGCUCUGCUUUGGGCAACGGUACAGAAACAUUACCAUGCGGCAAUCGAGAGGUUUGCACGCAGGUCAAGGUGGACGCCGAACCAGCUGCCAGCUCGUCCGGAUUUCAUUGGACUCUAAGCAAUUGGGGCGCUGCGCAGACGGCCCGACGUCGAACCAACUCGAAUGUGCGCGUGGACUUAGCCAGCCCCGAGGAUAUAUCCCUGGAUACGGAUAGCUCUCGUGCUGUUUUUAACAACGCUUAUGGCACAACUGUCUAACAGGCUUUCGGUGGUUUGUGGGCACACAAGUAUAUAUAUUAACCUAUCAACACAUGUAGAUUUAUUCGUGGCUGCUCGCUUUUAAGAAAAGAAUGCAUAACCCGUUUUAUCGAAUGAAAUCUCGAAUAUGGUCUUAGUGACGCGGCAAUUUGGAAGGGAACCGAUUGUUCAAAAAUAAGUUCGAAUCAUAAUUUAAAAAAUACGAUUAGAGAAGUUUAGAAAUUGUAUGUGAGUUGCACAAUUGUGAAUAAUAAUGCCACAUUUUUUGCAAUCAGGGAACAAUCCUAAGUAUUUGAAUUUCAUUUCCCUUCUCAAUAUGAAAUCCAAGGCAGCCGCGCUAGUUAAAGUGUAAUAAGAACAAAUUUAUCCAUCUAACUAUAUUUACGUACUCGUAUAUGAUAUACAUAUAUGAUUCGAUAGAAUACACCGCAUAGGCAAGUCGAAAAGCAACAAAUUUCAAUCUAGUCGCAAGCAAAUUUUAUGCAGCAAUCUAAUUCGAUUUCUUAUGCAAUUUUUAAGAAUUUACUAAACUUAGCUUCAUGACAGUUUUACAACCGUGUUUAGUUCAUUCUAAUAUCCGUUCUAAAUGCCAAUACCGAAAAAUACUUAUCAAUUACAACAUAAGCCAUGAGAUUUUUCUUUGUACCUAACCAACAAAAACAUUUAAGUUUAACACAUUUAAGAAACAAAUUAUAUUAUAAAUAUGCCACAAAUUGUACCAUGAGCAGUUAAACAAAUAUUGUUGAUUAAUAACUAAUUUAUUUAUAUACACUCAAACUCUCAGAAUACUAAAGUUUUAUCUACUCCAGUACUCUUUCUUCCAAAAUACGAAAAUGCAAAAUAUUAAUUAAAGUGAGAAAAACAUAUUGUAUCGCAUAUAUGUUGGGAAAAACCAAUCGAAGUCAUAGAUAACAACAUUAAACAAAGGCAGCGUAAAGGACUUUUACAAAAAUAAAAUAGGACAAAUGAUAAAACAUUUUUACAUUUAUAUAUACAUAUUUAGAUCACAUAAUCGUAAAUUAUAACUGUUGAUGCCUUUUGUAUCUAACACUUUCCAAACCGGCUAUUAAGCUCAAUUCCAAUUCGUAUUCGACUCCAUCCCCAGAGCAAUAUGCCCUCCAAGUAUUUCUCAUACAGAAUUAUUUUAAAUGUGAAAAAAGUGUUGAACUGCCACAAACCUAAGUAUUACGUUUUUAUUCGAUCUGUAUCCCUUCGGCAGCUUCCAGUGUUAUGUUUAAGCCGUUCAACUGAUUUUGUACACUCUCUUUAUUAUUUUAAUGUCGAUAUGCAAACACCAGCAAUGGAAUCAAUCUUUACAUACAAAUAUACAAACAUUUACAUAAAUAUGUAGUUAUACAAAUUAAACAAAGGAACAACUGAGAACGGUAAAUCUCAUGAAAAUGCAUUGAACAAUUUUAUGUAAAAUGUUUUCUUAAUAUUAAACAAAAAUGUAACAAUAAAUUAUGAAUGAAUGUGUGCUAGCAGCUUUUUAAGUAAAGUUUAGUUGCAUGAAUUUCGAGAGAAAAAUGUAACUUUCGUUCCUUAUAAAGUGGCUGGCACAAUUGUAGUUUAAUAUGUAAUAAUAAAAAUGUUGGCUAAAAAUCCA